AUGCCGAAAUACAGCGAGAUGUCGGGUCGGGCCGAGAACCUCCCUGGACACAAAGCCCUGGACAAGUACGACCUACCAGAGUGGUGCGCGCACCCACUGAAGGAACCAGCGGCACAGCCCAACAUGCUGAUCUUUCCCGGCGAGCAGACGCACUAUGCCGGGAUGCUGGCUGCCUGUCAGAGCAUGCCCCAGCUGCAGGAUAUGGUGGAGCUCGCUACCGAGGCCUUCGACUUCGAUGUGCAGCGUGUGCUGGAGGAAUGCGGCCCUGAGGAUCACGCCGACCGCACAGACCGCAGCCAGAUGCUGGCCUAUGUUGCCGACUGUGUAGCCUUUGAGCUCUUCAAGCAGCAAAAUCCGGACGUUGCUUUGAAGCCCCGUGCCGUGGCCGGCUUCUCUGUGGGAGAAAUUGCUGCACUAGUUGCUGCUGGUGUCAUGUCCUAUGACCAGGGGCUGAUAAUUGUGAAGGCCCGGGGCGAGGCAAUGCAACAGUGGGCCGACGAAGAGGACAUGUCGGCCAUUGCGGUUUUUGGUAUGGAUGAGGAGCAGCUGCAGAAGUUGUGCAGUCGUGUUGACCCCAACAUGCGGGCACCAUCGCAACAGAAGGUCUUCAUAUCGUAUUGCUGGGGUCGUCGCGGUUUCGUUUGUUCAGGACAGCAUUCCGCCGUCGUAGAGCUACAAGAAAGGUUGCAGCAGUCAGGAGACGAGGCUGUCUACACACAGAUGCUGCCGGCUCAUAAGCAUGCCGGGCACACCCCGCUGGCUGUCAGGGUGGCCGAGGAGGUGGAAGAAGCCGUCAACAGCAUUCCCAUGAGCCCUCCCAGUUGUGAGGUCUACUUCAACACAGGCUAUCGCGUGGCGGCCGGAGAGGACCCGUCUGUUUUCGUGCCCUACCUGCUGCAGCAGCUCACGAUGCCGCUCCGAUGGGACUUCAUUAUCCAGACGAGUCUUCAGCGUGGCAUCCGCAGAUUCUUUGAGUGUGGUCCCGGCCAAAGCUUGAGGGAGCUGAUGGUGUUCAACUCCAGCAACACCCCCACGCAGAUGAUCCGACCGUAUGAAAAGGCGAGGGUCCUGAUUUUAUGGGAGCUUGCCUCGAAAUCAGCUGCUUCGCACACCUCUGAAGCUGGCUGCUACACCCUGCUGGCGGCCUUGACAGAGCAGGGAAGGAUUCUGGGCUGUUUCACCGACUUCGCUUGGCGAUGUCACUGUUCUGGAGGCGGCUUCGGAGAUGUCUCCAGCGAAUGCUUCGUUUUCUCGCUUGCAGACGGUGCGGCGCGUGUCUACAGAGGAUGCUGCCGAGGCUCCGUCCUGCGGUUGACCGCAGAUCGAAUUCGAAUCGGUCACCAGGUGCGGCAGCGGACGACAGCCGUCGCACUGGAUUCCUCGCUGCUUUGGGUGUCCAGCGACCAGGGAGACCUCUUUCGAAACCCCUGCCUCCUGGACACGAGCGUGGGUUCCGCCACAACGGGCGUGGACGCCGUCGCAUGCCUCAGUUGGUCCCACCUGGAGCCGUCCGAGGGCGAGGAGCAGCUGCCCUUGGCGCUGCAGUCCAAUCAGGACACCUUCAUGCUCAACUUCAUUGGCACGUCAGUGCGCAGCCAGCUGGCCGCGAAAGCCGGCAGCGCCUGGUGUUGA